AGCUGUGGAAUUGGAAGUGAAACUCAUGUUCACAUCCAUGCUAAAAUAAAUACCGUUGCAAAGGAUGGUACUGUUUGAGUGGGUGGUUGAUGAAACAGCUUUCCGUUCCUGGUCGAUAUAAUCCUCCCUGCAUUCAGCAAUAAACGCUGAAUUUAUUUGCUUUUUAUAUCCAGUUAGCAGAUAAUGGAUUUGGACCGUCAGAAGCGCCAGCAGGACAUAAGGAAAGCCCUGGGAUUCAUACAGUCGUCCUUGCCUUAUCCAGAUCCUCAAGGCUAUGGGGGGUUUCUGACCCAGUUGGUGUGUAACCUGUUGGAGGAGGGGAGUACGGCGUUCAGUGAGGGUGCGUGGAAGCAGGCCAUAAAGGACUUCAGUGAGGGUGUUAACGUGGCUUACUAUGCCCAGGCUGAGUCUCUGGACAUCCCCUCAGCCCUGCUGGAGAGCCUGUAUGUCAAGAGAGCAGCUGCCUACCAGAGCGUGGGGGAGAACGAGCAGUGCGUGCAGGACUGCGACAAGGCGUUGGCACUGAACGAGGGCAGCUGUAAAGCACUCCACAGGAAGGCACUCUGCCUGCGGGAGCUGGGCCACAUCAGAGAGGCCUACGACUGCAGCAUGGCCUGCCUGCUCAGUGCCCCCAACGACAAACAAGUGAACAAGUUGGCACAGGAGCUAGCUAACAAACUGGGCCUGAAGAUACGCAAAGCGUACAUCAGCACACAUGAGCCAUCAGCCACCUCUAAGCACAGUAAUGGCAGUGCACUUCCUGUGGCAGGAGAGAUGUAUUGUGACGGUUUGGACUCCUUGAGUGACAUCUCAUCAGCUGACUCCUGUAAGUCUCUCUCCAACCCUAUCCUAGUUAGUGAUGAGUCGUCACCCCGUCCCUCUGGUCCUCUGGUCUACUCCAAACAUCUGGGUAGCCCUGUCCAGUGCCCCCUAGGGGUGCCUUUCUCAGUACCUCAGUCAGAGCAGCUGGGUGACAACGAACUGAUGGGAGAUGAUUUGGACAGCCUGCUGGACUGUCUCAAUGACAAGCCCUAUGUUUCUGACUGUACUGCUUCUCCUCACUGUGACUUUCCCCCCGUCGCCCCAUCCGCAACCGGGGGGCCCAAACUGCUCCAGUUCCCCUCAGGCCUGCCGGCCCCCACUCCCCGGCUACCCCCAGCUUUCUUCUACUCAGCCGUCAGCCAGCUCAACUCUCUGGACACCUUUCCAGGCGUGGGUGGGGGGGAUUCCGCGGGCACACUGGACUCUUUAGAUACCUUAAACGACCUGGAUUCCCUUUCGGGCCUUGCUGGUGAUGAUGCCCCCGCUUCCAAAACGGUAUUCGAUUCACUUGAUGCCCUAGACAGUUUCUCUCCACCAGAGGGCACAUUGUCAGCCAAUCCAGUGGUGGUGGUGGGGGGGGAGGGGCUUGACUCCCUGUCUGAGUUCAACCUGCCUGAUUUAAUGCGUUCGCCAAAGAAGUCCAGCCACACGGUGGUAAAGAAUGGCCAGAUGGGCUCCAAGUUCCCUCAGUUAACCUACAACCCCCUGGCAGCCACCCAUGACUUCAAGCAGGCAUGUGCGACCUGCUACAGCUGGAUCGGUCCGGGGGUCUUAGAUUAUAAACACCAGGAACACCUGGCCCACCGUUGUCAGCAGAACAUUCUACUGUGUAGGAUCAAAGCUUUACCUCACCCUGUCUGGAACAGAGUGCGGCCCCGUCCUGCCAAGCAGAACUUUACCGGGGCAUUCAUGCUCUGCAAAGAGGUGCUCGAGUCUCAGGUGUGUAAGUACGGCGAGGACUGUACGUUUGCGUACUGCCAGGAGGAGGUGGAUGUGUGGACUUUGGAGAGGAAGGAGGUCCUGAACAGAGAGCUGCUGUUUGAACGGCAGGGCCCCAACGACAAGACAACACUCAGCAUCACGCGCCUGCUGCAGCUGCAGAACGGCAUGUUCAUGUAUCUCUGUGGGGUGUGCUAUGACAGUAGGCCCAGGAUCAUCAGUAAGCGCAGUAAGGAGGUGCCAUCCAUCUGCUCCAACCUUGCGGGCCGACACCAUUUCGAUGACCAGAAGUGCCUGGUUCAUGUGGUGAGGUCCAGCAGCAUGUCCUACACCAGGAUCCGCCCUCUGAACCCACUGUGCCAGUUGGAGAUGUGCCGCCGGGCAGUGCGCUACCGCUGCCAACGUGACCACAGCUGUUCCUUCGCCCACUCCGUCAUAGAGCUUGAAUGCUGGAAGCUGCAGCAGGACAAUGGCAUCACUCAUGAAGAAAUUGUGCAGGAAUCCAAACAACACUGGAAUAAACAAGAGCAAAACGCACACAAACAGAAGGUUGAAAAGAACUUGACACAAACAUCUUCAUCCUCAAGUGGUGGUGGUAGUGAGACCCGAAGAGGCGGAAAAGGCGGAGGAGGCAACAAAUUGAACCUGAACAUGAAGUAUGUCUGUGGUCUGUGCUGGAGGGAUGGGCUGAUCAGUGAAGCAGAUAAAGCACUGAAGUAUUGCACAGCCAAGGCCAGGCACAGUUGGACGAAGGAUCGUCGGGUUCUGUUGGUGAAGUCCUUAGAAAAAAAGAAGUGGGUGAUGGUGCGGACGUUGCCUGCCGCCAAGACAUACCCUCAUCAGUAUGAUAUAUGCUCCCAUGUAGUGAAGCUGAAGAAGUGCCACUACAUUGGGAACUGCACCUUUGCCCACAGUGAGGAGGAGAAGGAAGUGUGGACCUAUAUGAAGAACAAUGGCUUGAAGGACAUGCAGCAGAUGUACGACAUUUGGCUCACAAUGACCAAACAAAACCGUCAGUCAGACCCUGUGCUCGCGCAAAACACGGAAGUGAAGCAAAUCGUCAUGCCAACCGACUAUGCAGACCCAAUGAGUGGCUUCCACUGUCGUCUGUGCGGUAGGCAUAGUCACAGCGAGCGCCAGUGGCAGCAGCACAUCUCCACAAAGAAGCACAAGGAACGCGUAUUUAGCUGCGAAGGCGAGGAUGAAAGUCCGAUUUGGAAACAUCGCUUCCCUGGGCCCCGCUUCGCCCUCUGUCCCAGGCUGGAGAGUGAAUGUCCGGAGGGGGCGAGCUGUGACUACGCUCAUGGUACUGAGGAGCUGGAGGAAUGGCAGGAGAGGCGGGAAUUCCUGCGGCGAAAGCUGGCCAAGGCUCGUGAAGACAUGCUCAUCAUGCCGGACGAAUUGGACUUUGGGAAGUAUAACUUUCUCCUGCAGGACUGAAGCCACUGCCACCCUUUGUGACACACAAGUGCAUCUCUAAACAGACCUUUUAUGUUUUUGAAAACCCUGUUUUUACACUAGUUCUAUAUUUAGUUAAUUGUUAAUAUACAGUACCAAUCAAAGCCUAAAAAAAGUGUCCAAGCUUUUGACGGGUACUGUAGGUUAAGCUGGUAAGGGUUGAACGUGCCUUAUUUGUUAAUUUACCAUUAAAAACGGUAAUAAAGAAGUUACUUCUAGACCAAGAAUUUGAAGACAAGACUGCACUUUUAACUGACUCACACCUAGUAACACCUUUUGAAAAGAUUAACGAUUUCCUCUUUAAUCAAACACGUCAUUAACAUUUCAGAAGGGCUAAGUGAGAACUUGGUCUUAACUCACACACACAGUACUGCCCUACUAAUGUCUCAAUUAUUGACCAUUCUGUAUACCGUGGAAGCCAAAUAUUGUUUCUUAAACAAAGCUUGUUCCACCUUUAUACUGGCAACUUGGCCCACUUUUCAGCACUUGCCAUAGGUUUUGGAUACUAUUAAGAUCUGUGACCUUCUCUAACCACUCUAGAACCAUCCAUAAUGUCUCUCAUUUGUGCUUUGGGUUUAUUGUGCUGCUGCAAGACCCACGUCGCUGAAUGGAGACGUUUCUUUGGACAUUGGGUUGAACAAUCGACUCUAAAACACCUAAUAAUCUGCAUAUUUUUUAUUUGCAAAUAUUUUUCAUUUUUAUUUGCCAAUGCUUCUUUUGUCGUCAGUGAAAUUUAAAGUAUGGAUCCUCAGAUCAUUUCCCUAGGUUUUUGGGUUGCUUUGCUGACCAGUAAUGCGAGCCUCAAUUGUGUGUGAAACAUCAUGAAAUCAGCAGGUCAUUUGGGUGUUUUUGUUUUGAAUUCAUUAAGAAAAGUGCAAGUGUUUCUAAAUUUGGGCUCAUCUGUAUGGUCCAUAUCGGUAGAUUUGAACAAAAAUUGUAUUGAUGAAUAUUAUGAAUUUGGCCAAAUUUUUUGUCUUAUUUCAAUAGGACUUUAAACUUUGUUUCCACCAAAUGGGGUGGCAUUGGAAACCAGGAGGAAAAGAUUUAAUGGCAUACUGUAUAUGACUAAAAGCGUCAGUGGGAAUUGUUUUAUCCCAUUUGGCAUACAUGUGUUGGCAACAUUCGGUGACACCCCCGUUUAUAAAUAAAUCCCUGCUUUAUUAUCCUUCAGGAAACAUUUACCAGUUAUGAAGCACUAUGUUGCUUGUCAUUAAGUGAUUACAAUUGUGUGUGUGUGUGUGUGUGUGUGUGUGUGUGUGUGUGUGACAAAAUGUUUGGCUUUGUACAUUUUGUGCUAGUCUUAAAGGAGGCCAACAUUUAAGAAAUUAAAUUGUGUACCAACUAUAAUUGAAAUCUAGAAUGUUAACAAUCUUUCCUCUAAAGGAACAUUCUAUGGAUUGAAACAGUCAAUGGUAACAGUGUCACUAAGGCUCAGAGAAUAAAACCAUUGCCUUAACAAGUUGUCUGCUUUUAUAAGCCACGUGGAUUCUAACUUUGGGCCUUACUUUUGAAUGUUUAGUUGACCUAUAAUUGGAACCAAAAACAAAGGAGGUGCGAAGUUCCUCAAACAUGCCUAUAAUAGUGUUAGUGCUUAUCUAGUGUAUUGACUCACUUGUGUUAAUGGGAAGACAAGAUUAUCUAUAAAUGUAUCAGUAUGUAUGUACCCCUGCACAUUAAUACAUUGUAUCAUCAUUGAGACACAAAAUGAAUAGCAUGGUAGUUACACACACAAUUAAAGUGAUUCCUAUACCUUGUUUCAGAAAUUAUACUUUGUAUUGUUCAAAUCAGA